GGAGAGGUAGCAACCCGUGCGCCCCUGCAGCUGAAACAGAAGAAACUUUGUGUAAACUUGCACAGUAUCAGCAGGGAAUGCACUGAGAGAAGGAAAUGCGUCUGCCGCGCUGCUCCUGGGAGAAACUACGGAUUACACAGCCCUCGUUGUAAAGCCGCUUUCUCAUGCGUAAAAAAAAAACAUCUGAUUACUGGACUAUAAUAUAACAAAUUUCGCCGUGUGUGGAACCAGCGCGUUUCAGGAGACGUUUUUUUUCCAAGUGUCACAUUUAGGUUUAGAAAAGUGAAGGUUUGGAUGCGGUUUUUUUAGGCUUGCAGACAGGAGAAAAGGUUCUGUCAGAGACUUUGAGACGCACUCAUCCGUCCGCUGGAAGGAUUUUGGACACUGAAGACAUGAGACCGCUUGUCAUCUGCGCGCUCCUGCUGUUAAAAGUUACUCUUGGAGAUGCCUGUGCCAGUGGCCAGUUCACUGAAGCAGGGCAGUGUUGCAGUCUGUGUCCUGCUGGCUUUGGAGUGGAGGUAGAGUGUGGGAAAGAGGAUACCAAGUGCACAGCAUGCCCACAGGGAACAUUUUCCCCAUCUGAAAGCAUCGGCCCUUGCCUUCCCUGUGCCAAGUGCCCGUCGAGUGUCCCCACGUUGGCCUCUUGCUCUGCCACUCAAGACACACAAUGCGAGUGCGACGUCGGCUUCUUCUUUCUGAGCAACCACGGCCUGUGUGCUCCUUGCUCCACAUGCAGUCGUGGCGAGGGUGUUAUCCGGGAGUGUGGCCCACAGGGAAACACGCAGUGCCAGAUGUGUGGCCCGGGAACAUUUUCCGAGGAGCUGAGGAGCACCAAACCCUGCCAGACCUGCACCCAGUGCUCUGACAGUGAGGUGGAGAUCCGUGCCUGCAUGCCCAACUCUGACACGCUCUGCAUGGAUAAGAAGCUGCACAUUUUAUCUCGUCCUGCUCUGGAUGGGCCUGACGGGACCCGUGAUGCUCCUCGCUGGCCAGGUGUUGAGGAGGUGACGGAGGAAGGGGAGGCCAGUCCUGCCCCUGGAACGCCCAAGUUUACCCCGCAGGAUGAGGGUGGCAGCAACAACAUUCUGGCCUAUGUGUCUGUUCUGGCCGCCGUGGUGCUGGGUCUGCUUCUUUAUGUGGCUUAUAAAUGCUGGAGAUCAUGUAAACAGAAGAGGGCUCUCUCUAAGGCUCGUGCAGCUGAGUUGGGAGCAUCUCCAGAGGGAGAGAAGCUCCAGAGUGACAGUGGCGUUUUUCUGGACUCUCACAGCCUGCAGGACAACCAGCCCAGCAAAGGUACUAAGAGGGACAGCAAGCAGGACAAUCGUUUGUACAUCAACCUCCCCCCCCACAGACAGGAAGAGGUGGAGCGCCUCCUGCAGGAGGGAGGGGGCCGGGGGUGGAGGCAGCUGGGCGCAGCGCUGGGCUAUGAGCCCGAACAGCUGGACCUGUUUGGGCGCGGAGAGGCCCCCGCUCACACACUCCUCUCUAACUGGGCCCAGAAAGAAGGCUCCACUCUGGGACUGCUGUGUUCUGCACUGGCUCGCAUCGAAAGGGCUGAUGUGGUAACAGCCCUCAACUGCCCCACACAGGGUGUUUCUGUGGUCUGACAGCUCCUCAAAAGCACGUAUGACAUUAAACAACUCAAGUGAGGAACUUUGAUUCAAACGACAAGGGAGGCACUCUGUUAUCAACACCUCUGUCGCUGUUGGAGGCUGCCACUGAUGGUUCUGAUCGCUUUGUUGGACACUUAAAAUUCAGUUUUUAGAAAGAACAAAAAUUAUUCUUGUAACACUUUUACUCUAGCCCAGUUCAUGUCAGCAUUUGAUCCCAUGAUGAUGAUGAUGACGAUGGAUCCAACCGUGUGAAUCUCCUGCGAUGUGCGAUGUUAUCUCCACGGAGCAAAUCAGCAGUUACCAGAGGAGACAAACAGACUGAAUAUGUCGCGACCUCAUGCUGCCACUACUGAGGGAACAACUCUUUUCAAUUUUGGUCAAGCCUUGCUCAAUGGACGCUGCAUAAACCUGUUCAGAUUGAAGUACAUUUACGAUGUCAUUUGCAUGCACACAGAUCCUGGUUACUAUGAGUAUUUGGUCAGUGGCAGGAAACAGAAUAAUGUGUUUACACGUCUCGCACAUGUGUGAUUAUUCUAAAACCACUGUUUACAUGUUAUUUAGACAGUAAUCGGAUUUAUCCCCCGCCUGCUCUGAAAAAAAACAUCACCCUUCCAUGUGCCAUUGUAAACAGACAUGGAUGACUUUGAUCAUCAAGUUUCUAGUCUGGCUAGCCUUGUUUUAUGAUUCACAACUUCAGCAACCGCUUUGGUACUGCAGCUGAUGUUUACCAAAAGGAGAUGGUUUCUUCCAACAACGCUGCUCUCCAGCGUGAUGCGAGUUCCUCUAUUUACGUGCACAUGUGCACAACUAAGAAGAGAAGGAAAGUCCAUCCAGUAGAAAUCCAGUGAUGCCGAUGAUGUUCCCAAUUGAUAUUUUCUUUAUAAGAACACUUUAUCUAAUGUGUAGGUGGAACUACUCACUAGAUAGCUUUUGUAAUGUUUUGCCAUGUUCUGUUGUUUUCUUCUUCUUCUUCGUCUGCUGCAGUCACUAGCCUUGGUAUUUAUUUCCACUGAGGAUAUAUUACGCACCAGUGAUGUGUCAAAUCAGAAGACAUGAAAAUGAAGCAUUCUGUGAGAUAUAAGAACACCUUUCUUAGCUCUUCCUAAUAAUCAUCAAUGAUUGUAAAUAUCUUAAAUAUUGCUUUGUUUCGACAAGUCGUGGCUUUAAAUGAGAUCGUGAAGAAUGAAGAAAAUUAAUGGGAGUGAAUCUAUUCUCCCCACAUUCAUAAUACACAGCUCCAUUUUUGUCACCUUGUUUUUUCUCAUAUUAGACACAGAAAAAAAUCUAAAGACACUGUUAACAUCAAUACUCGUGUCCAAGUUGCCAUCUUGCUUUUGUAUUUAUUUCAUUACCAUUUCACGCCGAACUAAAUAAAAUCUAUGAGAACCGUGGACAUCUGCGGUGUGCUAGUUACACAUAUAUGAUGGCCUCAGAUGGUUUGAUAUUUUUUUAAUACCAGCCAGGUAUGGUUUUAUGUAUAUAUUUCCUAAUGGUAUGCAUCAAUGUGUUUUUGUAAGAGUUUUAUUCAUUUAAUAAAUA